CGUAAUAGCAUACCGACAGUAACGACAGUAAAGAUGCAGGCAUAGCAACUUGAUAAGGUUAGGAUUUAAUAUUUUUACUUGGACUUUUGAAGAAUAUAUGAAGAUAUAUUAAAGCGUAUACCCUCGAGAUGAAUCCUGUAUUGCGUACGAUUCGUGUCUAUUCUGCGAGACACGUCAAAUACAGUACUCUACCUUCGGAAGCAGUAAUAUUUAUGGGAAAUGAUAUGGUUGCCUGUUGGCAUCCAGACAAACCAUUCCCAUACGAAUGUUCUCUGCCUCUACCCGAGGAAAAGCACGAAGAUAAUUCUUCUGUACUAAAAGUUGGGGAAAAGGAUAUUGCAGAAAUCUUCAAGAAAAAGAAAGACUUUAUGGUUAUUGAUGAACUAACCAAGUUGACGUAUACUACUAAACACAGAUGGUUCCCUAGAAGUAGAGAUAAGAAGCCAAAGGACCUACUUCCUGAUAGACCUUACCUGUAAUUAUCGAGACAAACUUGAUGCAUCAAAGUUCUUUAUUUAGUGUGUUUCACAUAUAUAUUCAUCUCUAUAUUGAUAAACGUUGAAUAAAGGUAAUAAUGACCUUUAUAUAUAAAUAAUC